AGCAACUGUAAAAAGCAAAAUUCCAGUGACAGUGACAUUUGACCGGCUUUCGCCAGUUUUACUCGCCGAUACAAAAAUUCACCACAAAUAACAAUAACCGCAAUCGCGCGCUUAAUUCAUACAGUGUUACCGAGCCAGGCUCACGCAGAUACCGAACAUGUUGAUCAAAGUGAAGACCCUCACUGGCAAAGAGAUCGAAAUCGACAUCGAGCCCACUGACAAGGUGGAGCGUAUCAAGGAGAGGGUCGAGGAGAAGGAGGGAAUUCCGCCGCAGCAGCAAAGGCUCAUCUUCUCUGGAAAACAAAUGAAUGAUGAGAAGACCGCUCAGGAUUACAAGGUGCAAGGUGGUUCCGUCCUGCAUUUAGUGUUAGCUUUAAGGGGUGGCCGCAGAAUGUGAUCCUCAGGUGAACAACACACAUUACCUUGUUACUAUGGUAAAUAAAGAUUUAUUGAUAACAAAACACUUCUUAUAGCUUGUAAGGUAUGCUUCAUAUUAAUGUAAUGUUCUUUUUUCUCAUUUAUUUUGUUACUUUGAACAAUAAAACAGCAAAAAUGUAAGUUGAAUUCAAUCAA